GUUAGGGGUUAGAGGUUAUAUUUCAUGGCAGCCUCUCCUAUACCACUAUUCCCAACAUGUUAUACACCAGAGGUUGUAAAUAAAACCUCUAAAGGUUGGUCUGACUUGUAUUGGUAUGGUGGGGAUCUGAAACCCAUAGCCGAAUGGAUUCAGAGCUGACUGAGGCCAUGCCAGCGGUGUGGAUCAGCUCCUCGCUACUGAGGUCCAGGGCAACUCACCUCAGACAGCUCAGUGUGUUCUCUAGAAGGGCUGUGUUACAACCUGUACAGGUGGUCUCCUCACUACAGAAGACAUGGACACCUGGGAACCCAACCUGGUGCUGUAGAUCCCUCCAUGUGGACAGUCCCCCCCUGGUCCCAGGGCAGAGCUUCAGCUACGUCCAUGGGGCCUCCUCAGUGUCCCUGCUGGGCCAGACGGUGGGUCAGAGUUUGCAGGCGGCAGCUGACCGCUGGCCCCACAGAGAGGCCCUGGUGUUCCUGCAGGAUGGAGUCCGUAAGACCUUCUCCCAGUUUCAGCAGGACGUUGACCAGGCCGCUGCAGGUCUCCUGGCCCUGGGUCUGAAGAGAGGGGACAGACUAGGAGUCUGGGGGCCCAACACAUACCACUGGAUCCUGUUUCAGUUCGCCACAGCCAAGGCUGGCAUCAUACUGGUGUCGAUAAACCCAGCCUAUCAGCUGAAGGAGCUGGAGUUCACCCUGGGGAAGGUGCAGUGUAAAGCUGUGGUGUGUCCCACCCAGUUUAAGACCCAGAGGUUCUGUGACACGCUGAGACAGAUCUGCCCAGAGAUGGACACAGCAGAGUCAGGGGUCUUUAGGAGCUCCAGACUACCUGACCUGCGUAUGGUGAUUGUGACAGACAGCAGACAGACAGGGACUGUACAUGUAGAGGAUGUGAUGCGGGCUGGAAGCAGACAGCACCACCAGGAGCUGCAGGACCUGCAGACCAAACUGUCCUUUGACGACCCCAUCAACAUACAGUUCACAUCCGGAACAACAGGAAAUCCUAAAGGUGCCACCCUCUCCCACCACAACAUCGUCAACAACGCCUAUUUUGUGGGUCUUCGUCUGGGAUUCAACUGGAAGCCUAUAAGAGCGUGUGUUCCUGUUCCUCUGUACCACUGCAUGGGCUCAGUGUUAGGAGCGAUGUGUUUGGCACUGCAUGGCAUCACCCUGGUCUUCCCCUCUGCUGGGUACGACAGCCGUGCCAACCUGGAGGCCAUUCAGAAUGAAAGGUGUAAUUUCCUCUACGGAACUCCUACCAUGUACAUUGACAUGCUUGGAUAGCCUGACCUACACAACUAUGACCUGUCAUCAGUUGAAUCUGGGUUUAUGAGUGGGUCUCUUUGUCCUCCUGAAGUCAUGAGGAAACUCAGAACUGAUAUGAAUGUCAAGGAUAUGAUAAUAGGCUAUGGGACCACAGAGAACAGCCCUGUAACAUUCCUUGGUUUCCUGCGAGACAACGAGGAACUGAAGAACGAGACGGUGGGAUGUAUCCUGAACCACACUGAGGCGAAGGUGGUGGAUGUGUCCUCUGGAGAGGUGGUUCCUCUGGGGGAUCCAGGAGAGCUGCUGAUCAGAGCUUACUCUGUUAUGCUGGAGUACUGGGACGACCCAGACAAGACCAGUGAGGCUAUCGCCAAAGACCGCUGGUACAGAACCGGUGACAUAGCCAGUCUGGACAGGUUUGGGUACUGCCGUAUAGUGGGACGUAUAAAGGACAUGAUUAUACGUGGAGGAGAGAACAUCUACCCUGCUGAGAUAGAGAAGUUCCUUCACACCCAUCCCAAUGUACAGGAGGCCCAGGUGAUUGGCGUGAGAGAUGAGAGGUUGGGGGAACAGGUGUGUGCCUGUAUCAGACUGAAGGAGGGACUGGACUGUAGCAGAGAGGAGAUCAGAGACUUCUGCAAGGGACAGAUUUCUCACUUCAAGAUCCCCCACUAUGUGGUGUUUGUGGACAGCUAUCCACUGACUGCCUCUGGAAAGAUCCAGAAGAAUAAACUGAGGGAGGAGAUGGAGAAGAAGCUGGGUCUGUGAUGGACAGAGGGACCUAGACAGACUGGGCUAAUAGCAACCCACAUUGAGCACCGGUUACACCCGAGGUGAUCUCUUGUUUCAACCAUCAAUACGCACAAAGAUCAUCCACACAGUGAAUCUGAAUUACAACCACUGACAUUUAGUUGUGGCUGCUGCCAACAUUUUCAUGUUUUACUAUUUUGUCCUCUGGUGGGUAAUAUCUUCAGAUGAAUCACUUAACUAUUUGACAAUCAUUUUGUUCAAAUGAAAUGAGGCAUAUCCUUGUUUACCACAGAGAAUCUACUGUGGCAAGUGACCCUCCACAUGUUAUGAAUGGAAAGGUCAUGUUGGUGUACUUACUUGUAUUUCCAAUGUAUGUUAUCCAUUAAUGAGAAAUCCAUCAAUUAAUAUAAUCCAUUAAUGAGUAAUCCAUCCAUUAAUGUAAUCCAUUAACUUGCCUUUAUAAUCAAAAGGGGAACAUACAAUAUCCCUGAACUGUCCACAUCUAACAUUGGUAACUAAAUCAAGCCAAUCAUGAUUUGAGUUAACAUAAUCUGUUUUCAUUAAGGACUGUGUGUCUGCUUUAAGGGUUGAGUUAAUAUAAUCUAUGUAAAAUGGCCCGACUGUGUGUCUUCUUUAGAACCACUAAUGUUUUCUGUUCAUUGCUUGUAGUCCUUCACCAACACACGAUUCAACAUAAACAAUAGAUGCCUAUACUUUUCAGUCUCAGCCAGGAAACUGGCCUUAAAACUGUUCCACCUCUUCCAGAACUCUAGAACUAUCAUUUGGAGUGCUUGCUUUAUCACAUGGUCUAUGAUGUCACGAACCGGCUCGAAGUUCUUAACAAAAGGGAGACCACGUAGCGACAAGGAAUGACAAAAUAUAGACAACUGAAUACAAUUAACAAUGGUGUGUGUAAUCAGUAGUGUGAGUGUUUUGCAUGCAUACAUGUGAUAAUGCUGGGUGUUGAAAGGUGCCAAAGCAAACAACAAAAUCUAUAAAGGUGUCUGCAUGGAGUCUCCUCCAUUAAUGGGGAAAUGUAUACAUUUCAAUCAGGACUGACUAAUCAGAAUACUAUUAUGUUACUGUAUGGAUGUAUGAAUCUUAUUAUAAUCCUAGUACUGAAUAUAACAUGUGUAAAUAUAAUCAAGAAUUAGAACAAUGACUGUCUGUUCCUUGGUAGAAACUAAUGAACUUAUCGUCAGACUGGCUGGAAUGCUUAUCUACACAGGGAGACCUUGGGCUGGUCGUAAAUUAUCUAAACUGGUGGUGGAUGAUGUGGGAAGACUUGUAAACUAUACUGCCAUUGUAUCAGAGUGGAGGAGGGUAGGAAGGCUUGUGAACUAUACUGCCAUGGUAUCAGAGUGGAGGAGGGUAGGAAGGCUUGUGAACUAUACUGCCAUGGUAUCGGAGUGGAGGAGGGUAGGAAGGCUUGUGAACUAUACUGCCAUGGUAUCAGAGUGGAGGAGGGUAGGAAGGCUUGUGAACUAUACUGCCAUGGUAUCGGAGUGGAGGAAGGCUUGUGAACUAUACUGCCAUGGUAUCGGAGUGGAGGAGGGUAGGAAGGCUUGUGAACUAUACUGCCAUGGUAUCAGAGUGGAGGAGGGUAGGAAGGCUUGUGAACUAUACUGCCAUGGUAUCAGAGUGGAGGAGGGUAGGAAGGCUUGUGAACUAUACUGCCAUGGUAUCAGAGUGGAGGAGGGUAGGAAGGCUUGUGAACUAUACUGCCAUGGUAUCAGAGUGGAGGAGGGUAGGAAGGCUUGUGAACUAUACUGCCAUGGAAUCAGAGUGGAGGAGGGACAGUUUAAAACCUAUGAUGUCACUUUUAGUUUGUAAACUGUACCAUGAUCAGUACUCUCGAGAAUAAACGCUAUUGAUUGAUUUUGA